CUCCUAGGACACUUCUUUAACUGGUGCCUCUUCGGCGCUCUAUCUGUGCAAGUGUAUAUCUACUACCUCGCCUUCCCCAAAGACAGACGGUGGACAAAAUGCUUCGUCCUUUUCAUAUUCUCCAUCGAGCUACUUCAAACGUUUCUUGCUACCCGGGAUGCAUUCCGCGCUUUUGCUUCUCACUGGGGUGAUAAAUCGGAAUUGAAUGACUUUGGUCUGAUGUGGUUGAGUGUACCUGUGUUGGGCUCAAUCAUCAGCUGCACCGCUCAUUCCUUCUUCGCUUGGCGCGUGUAUGCGAUGAGCGGUAAAUUCUGGAUCACCGGCGUCAUCUUGACGGUAUCUUUGGUCCAAGUUGGCGCGGGCAUAUGGACAGGAGUACUUGCUCGUAAAUUCAGGCUAUUCUCCGAUCUGCAUAAGCGUGUAUCCAAGGCAGUUAUUGUCAUGUUAGGCGGAAGCGCUCUCUGCGACGUAAUCAUUGCAGGAAGCAUGAUCUACUACUUGAAACAAUCCACAUCGGGCUUCAACCCCCACAGCGCUCCUCUGUACAAGUUCGUGCGGAUGGUAGUCCAGUCUGGCGCCCUUUGCGCAACGGUUUCUAUCAUAUAUAUCGUGCUCUUUUGCGUAUAUCAAGACAACAACUUUCAUUCGGCUCCAGGUCUAACUCUUUCGAAGCUUUAUUCUAAUUGCCUUUUGGCUGUAAGUCGAUACCAAGCUUCAUCUUCAGAAAAACUCAAGCUCUCAUAG